AUGGCUCUUAAUCGCAUUAGGGGGGAUGAGGAACUGUAUGUCGGAGGGAUCUUUGGGGUCCAUCGCGCCCGACUAAUCCAGAAGGUCAAGAUCACCCACAUCCUGUCCGUCAUCAAGUACAAAUUAGACCGCGACAAUGAUGCCUAUCGAGACGUUGAACAUCUGAGUAUCGACAUUGACGACAUGGAGGAUCAGGACAUCCUUGUCCACCUCCCGAAAAUGGUGCGCUUCAUUGAAAGAGGUCUGCAGGGCCGCGGGGCAAAAACACCACCGAGUCCUUCGCGCUCCGGUUCCGACAUUAUCCUUCCUACCUCGGGCGCAGCCGCUUCCUCCUCGCAUGGCGCUGGCGCCGUCUUAGUCCACUGCGCCAUGGGCAAAUCCCGCUCCGUCUCGGCCGUCAUCGCUUAUCUUCUCUGGAAACACCCGCAUCGCUUCGGCCUCUCCAACUCCAACCCCAACCCGGGAACAACAAAAGCAACAGCCCGGGAUGCAGUAGCACAGGCACUAAAGUGGGUGCGCGAAACCAGACCUGUCGCCGAGCCCAACGAUGGCUUCAUGCGCCAGCUUGAGAUGUGGUGUGAAUUGGGCUGCCCCGCCGACAGCGACGAUGCGGUUGAGAGGCAUACGAUUUACCAGCGCUGGCUUUAUAGACGGGAGGUUGAUGACGCCGCGAGGAUUGGAAGGGCGCCGGAUUGGAUCCGGUUUGAGGAUGAGGAGCAGGCGUUAGUAUCAGAAGAAGCUGAUGCUGGGAGUCAGGGCGGUGGUGGGCAAGAAAUGGCGCUCCGAUGCAAGAAAUGCCGGCGGGUGCUCGCUACAAGGGCAUUUAUAAUCCCCCAUCAGGGCAAGGGGAAUGAAGCGCGGAGCGACUGUCCGCAUUUCUUCGUUGAGGCUCUCUCGUGGAUGCGCCCGAUUCUGGAGCAAGGCGCUCUAGACGGCCGGCUGAUUUGCCCAAACAACAAGUGUGCUGCGUCCAUUGGUCGGUAUGCCUGGCAGGGCUUCAAGUGCAGCUGUGGCGACUGGGUAGCGCCGGCGUUUUCGCUGCAGAGAACUAAAGUCGACGAGGUCAUGGCUGGUGGGACCCGGCACGGUGGUGCAGAUGGUGCAGCGGCGCUUGCCGGGCGGAUGGCCGCGUUGGGGAUCCGCAUGCCGCCCGGGCCGGGCACGGCGGGGACUAGGAUUGAAGAGAAGGGGAAUCUUUGA